AUGAACGCCCCUCCCUCUUCAACCACUCCCCUUCCCUUCGAGUUCCUCCGUCUCCUGCCCCUUUCCGCCACUCAAUUCCCCAAUGGACAAAAUCUGUACACUAUGUCCCCCGUUCCUCAGACUUCUUCAUCAUACAUGACCUUGUCGUCAGAGCGUCAUCCCUCCUCUCAUUCAUGUUGCUGGGCUGCUGACGCCAGCACUGAGCCCUCACACACAGUCCGCGUCAGCCACCAUCUCCACGUGCUUCCUACCCGCUGUCCUCCGCAGACUGUUUCGAGGAACCUGGCUGGCUUUCAGCCGAUGACCAGACGCCAUUCCAACGAGAAAGAGUCUGCUGAGCCAGUACUGACAACGACUGGCCUGCACGUAGGAAAGGAGCUAUCGGCGCCCACUUGA